AUGGAGAAAGAAGUCAGUUUUUGGUGUUUCUUAUUAGUUCUUUUUGUCUUAUGCCUUGUACCUCAAAAUUAUGGAAAGAGGUUAGGAAUUGCACUUGACCAUCUCUAUAAGGCCAAGUUGUGGGAAAACUCCGUCAUCGACACUAGCAACUUUAAGCCAGUUGAAUAUAUUGUGAAGAAUGAUGUCAAUGCUCCUCUUAAGCAAGAAUCGAAGGAGCAAGAGAGAAUUUCGCAAUUGCCUGGACAGCCCUCAGUCGGUUUUAAUCAAUAUAGUGGCUACGUUACAAUUGAUGAGAAAGCUGGGCGCGCACUUUUUUAUUAUUUUGCUGAAGCGGAAUACUCUAAGGAGUCUUUGCCUCUUCUUCUAUGGCUUAAUGGAGGUCCUGGUUGUUCCUCUCUUGGCUAUGGAGCUAUGCAGGAAGUUGGACCAUUUCGAGUUCAAAGUAAUGGAACACUUAGCAUUAAUAAAUUUGCUUGGAAUCAAGUUGCUAAUGUCUUGUUCUUGGAGACUCCUGCUGGAGUGGGAUUUUCAUACUCAAACAAAUCAUCUGAGAAUGUAGUGGGUGGAGAUGGAAGAACAGCGGUAGAUAAUUAUAUUUUUUUGGUGAAUUGGUUCAAUAAAUUUCCUGAAUAUAAGGACAGAGCUUUCUAUAUUGCUGGUGAGAGCUAUGCAGGCCAUUAUGUGCCACAAUUAGCACAAACAAUUCUACACCAAAAUAGUAAAAAGACAGCUAAUCCGUCCACUAUUAACCUUAAAGGAAUAAUGAUAGGAAAUGCAUUGAUUAAUUAUGAAACUGAUAGGAGAGGAAGGUAUGAUUAUUUGGCGACCCAUGCGAUUAUCUCCGAUGAAACCAAUAUUGAAAUUCAGACGCAAUGUAAUUUCUCUGCAACAGCCACCUUUCAAUCUCCUAGGUGUGUGGCAGCCUUGAAGGUGUAUCGUAAGGAUGUUGCCAAUAUUGACAUCUACAACAUUUAUGCUCCAUUAUGUCCCUCUUCCAAUAAUACCAAGAUCAGGCCUGAUAGCAAAACUAAUUGCGAGCAAUUUGAUCCAUGCAGUGACAAUUACGUCCAUGCUUAUUUGAAUAGGCCUGAUGUUCAGCAAGCCCUCCAUGCUAAUCUUACCAAACUCAAGUAUCCUUGGUCUGGUUGCAGUGAGACUCUAGAAAAAUGGGAAGAUAGCCCAUCGUCAAUGUUCUCUAUUUUACAAGAGUUAAUGGCGAAUGGCGUUCGAUUAUGGCUAUAUAGUGGUGAUAUUGAUGGAGUGUUACCAGUUACUUCAACAAAAAGUUCUAUAAAAGCAAUGAAUAUGACUACAAAGUUUCCAUGGUAUCCUUGGUACCUUAACGAAGAGGUUGCUGGGUAUGCGUUAGAGUUCAAUGGACUAACAUUUUCUACAAUAAGAGGAGCAGGGCAUGAGGCGCCAAGUUACGAACCCAACAAGGCUCUUGCACUUUUCACGCACUUCCUUAGUGGAACACUCCUCCCCAAUACUUCAAAGCAGAACUAA